UUUUUUGACUGACGCGCAAAUACCGGCCCAAACCAUGACAGAUUGGAGAUGUUGGCAAUGAGUGAUAGUCUUAUCGGAAAGAGGAGAUACUGUAGUACAGAUUCUGAAAUUUUGAUGGUUGUGUACGGCUUCUUUUGUAAAAAUUUUUUAGUCAGAAAAGAGAAUGUCCGGACAUGCGUGCUACUGGAGGAGGAGAUGAAAUUUUGCGGACAGAAUUUUUUUGCCAAAAAAGUGAAACUAUUAGAAUCACGUUGA